AGACGGCGAGAAGAGUAGCAUGGGUCGUCCAAAAUACUUUACCCCUGCUGAAGUGUCCCUGCACAAUACCAUCAGCGACAACUGGGUUUCCUACAUGGGGAAGGUGUACAACCUAACUCCACUGCUGCAGGAGCACGCAGGUGAUGUCUUAUUGAAGCCCAUUAUAGAAUUUGCAGGAAAAGACAUCAGCCACUGGUUUGACCCCAAAACUAAGGACAUUCAAACUCACAUAGAUGCAAGGGCGGAGUGUAAAAAAUAUUGCACACCAAAUGGUCGAUUCUUCCACAUCCACCCUGCCAAUCCUCAUACAGACUGGGCAAAUGAUUUUGGGCAAUCAUGGUGGAAAGACAGCAAAUAUGAAGUGGGAGUAUUAUCUUCAAAAACCAGGGUUAUUCGCAUUAUAAACACGCUUACAUCUCAAGAGCAGAGCAUUGAGGUGUGUGCCGAGGAGAACAUGACAGAAAUACUGCAGAGGUACCUUAAAUACAAUGCUCAUGCUGCCAGUUACACCUGGAAGUACAUGGGCACCAACCUGGAUAUGAGUCAGACAUUGGAAGAAAAUGGUAUCUCAGAAGAAGCUGAAGAAUUCUAUGAGUUAAGAAUGGAUGCAGACCAGUAUACUCCAGCAAUCCACCUCUACUUCAAUGAUGAUCUCACAGAACUGUAAAAUGCACACUGCUCAAAAAACAGUAUAUAAGGAAUGCAUUUAUUUUAAUAGAUUCUGUGAUCCCUUCUGGCAGAAAGCUUUCCAUCUUUUUGAAGAUAAAUACAUCAAGAAAAAUCA